AUGAUCAAACGUAAAACCUCGCGGCGCAUUUCUGCCCAAUAUUACGUAUCCGCCGAGGAUCACGUGGAGAAUGAAGUGAAACAUGAACGCUUAUUAACGGAGACUUCCCGCUUGUCUUCUUCUUGGGCAAAUUUAAGUGUCUCUGGGCUGGACAAAAUGGAAAGUGAUUGUUCCUCGUCUCCGUCUUCGAACAACAGUCCGAAUCACAGACCUAAUUCAUUCAGCGGCCCUCUCGUGAUAUCUGUCACUUGUUCCGGCUCCUCUUGUUCUAGCGUUCACAGUUGUUGUCCCGUUCCACCAAACAGUAACCGUGGCGCUCCAACGAGUCCCACAACUCACUUUCUAUCUUCCGGUCAUGCUUCUCCCAUCUCUUCCCCGGUUUCUUCUAGGGUUCAGUGCUACUCUCCGGGAUUCUUGACCUCGACGAGCUCCCCGACGCCUCGACGGUCUAACCCAGGAAGUGCAAGUCCGCUUUUGAUAUCCACUGCUCUGAACAGAAAACGAGGGCAUGCAUCUUCGAAUGUGACUGUUGGAGGUUCUAGUGCUGACACGAGUCGGGAGGCCUCUCCCGAUCCUUACGCGCAUUCCCGUAGCCGCAAGGCUAUGCGCCAAUCAGAUGGCCGUGUUGUGUCUCUAUGUGAUACGUCGCAUUUUCGUUGGCCGCCAGGCCUACCUGUUGCAUCGGAUCCUCCCAGUCCUUCUUGCCACUUGUUCCCCUCUGUAAGCAAUUGCGCAGCACCUAACAGCUCAUCUUCCUCAAGUGUGCCGUCACCUCACUUAUCCGUUGCUUCUACUCCAGGCAACCACGAUUCACCGACUCCCGCAAACGUGUCCGGUUUUUCUCUGCCUACUACUGAAUCUCAACAGCCUUCAACGGUUUGCACUAUGGAAAAUAACUUUUUUGCUACCACUGUGGGUGUAACCACUUCAUCGGACAAGUUAUAA